AUUUUUUCUUUUUUGCAUUGCUUACUAUCUGGUGGGGAGCCUGUGGAGGACGAGUCAGGAAGGACUGGGUUAUUUUCAAGAUGGCGGCCCUGACUGGGUUAUGGUGCCGAGGUAAUUUGCUAAAUGUCGUAUGUAAUCAGUUGAGGAACCUAGCCCUUGCCCAAGGACCCGCCGCUAGACUCCACACAAGUGUGUCACGUCCAGCUACCUUUUCCAUCAGCCGUGCUGUUUGGGGCAAAACACCGGCAGAAAUUGAGGAAGAAAAAGGCGUUCCUGAGCCAGAGAAACAGAGUAUACACCAUUGUAGACGGAGUGUGAGAAGCGGCCCAAGGAAAAUGAACCUUGUGGCUCGGCAGAUCCGCGGACUGUCUGUUACUGAAGCCAUCAAGCAGAUGGAAUUCUCCCCAAAGAAAGCAGCAACUACUGUGAAAGAGGUGUUACAGGAGGCACAAAACACGGCCCAGAGGAACUAUGGCAUAGAGGAUAAGGAAAACUUGUGGGUUGCUGAAUCGUAUGUCGGCAAGGGCAAGUACUUCAAGAAGCUCCGCUACCACGCCCGGGGCCGGUUUGGAAUCGAGCAUGUGCAUUACUCGCACUAUUUCCUGGUGCUGCGAGAAGGACCACUACUGGGGAAAAACAAACGACGCAGACUUAGACACAUGACAGAACUCGAGGAGAUCCGUAGACACCCUAGGCGCAUCCAAAACUCCUUGGCUUGGUGGUAGAAGGGUUAGAUCAUUAACAACUUGGUUAAUAAUAGCUUUUUUCAUACCAGGCGUUUUACUUAAAAAGACACGAGUUGCAUUUGAAAAUCCGACUAGGAAAAGAAAUAAGGAGUACAUAGUAAACUAGAUUUGGUAACCCCCCUAUCCACUGUAAUCCCAAAUUGUAAAUCUAAUUCAGUUUGUUACUGUCGAAUGAAAGUUAUGUCGCAAUAGGAAGUUUUAGCGAGGACAUUGACAAACGCUAGAGGGGGAGGGGGGGAAAUAUAUAUAUUAGGUGUUUUCACGUCAUAGUUUGGAGGAAAACGGUUGAAAUAUGCCAGACAGAAGCAUUGCCACAUGCUGAUAUAGACUUUGGCAUUGUUUUCCUUGCUGUCGUCCUUGCUAAAAUUCCGAGCUGUGCAGACUCGCCGAAAUUCCCAAAACUGGAUUAGUGGUAUCGUGGUUCGUGUAAAGCAAAACAUUCAACACUGCAGUUUUCCUUUAUCUCCGAGCAUUAUGGUCGCAAGGUGUAAAUGAGACUAUUAAAUCGAAAAUUAAUGACA